CUCAUGCCGUGGACCUGCUCCUCGACCACUACAUCGACAGUCGCUCUCACACAUCCCACUAGACACCAUGCCUGUCACUGUCACUGCGUCUCUAGAACCGCGAGUUCACCUGUAACAGCUCCACAGACCAGCGCACUCCACAUCACCACAGUCCCGCAGUGUCGUCAGCCUCUGGUCGCCCGCGUCGGAUGCGCGAAUGACGGAUUCGCUCGGUGAGGACGUUUCGCAACCCUCGGUUUGAAAAUAAAACUGUCGGUCCGGGGAGAGGAGAGAGCUCAGUGUCUCGCGGUCCGCACCACCGUCACCGCAGUCGGUUGUCUAGUUGAUACCAGGACGGAAUGCGGAGGGCGUGGAGGAAUUGCGGGAGCCUACGCUCAUUGGCAGCCCUCCGUCGCGGAAGGCGGGGCUAAGCUCCCGAUCGAUUUUUCCGCUAUCGACGAUCGAAGAAAAUAGAGAAGAAUAAGGAAAUAGUAGUGUAAGUGUAUGUGAACGGAACGAACUAAUGCGCGGGUGAGUGAAGAAGUGCGGGUAUGUAUCAAGCUGGAAACUACGCGCCGAACGUGGGCUAUCAAAUAACUUCUUGGCCGUCCCAAGGCUAUCAGCACAAGGAUGAGUUUCAUCCGUUCAUCGAGGCACUUCUGCCCCAUGUGAAGUCCUUCUCGUACACGUGGUUUAAUCUGCAAGCCGCCAAACGCAAAUACUUCAAGAAGCACGAAAAGCGGAUGUCACUGGAAGAAGAGCGGCGCUGCAAGGAGGAGUUGAUGAACGAAAAAGUAGAAGUGAAGCAAAAGUGGGCUUCGCGGUUGCUGGGGAAGCUACGGAAGGACAUCACGCAAGAGUGCAGAGAGGACUUCGUACUAAGCAUCACCGGCAAAAAGCCCGCCAUGUGUGUCUUGUCCAAUCCCGACCAGAAGGGCAAGAUGAGGCGAAUCGACUGCCUGCGUCAAGCAGACAAAGUGUGGCGCCUAGAUCUAGUCAUGGUCAUCCUGUUCAAGGCGAUUCCCCUGGAAAGCACCGACGGAGAACGCCUAGAGAAGUCGCCCGAGUGUGCGCACCCUAGCCUCUGUGUAAAUCCUUAUCAUAUAAAUGUAUCCGUCCGAGAACUAGACUUGUACCUGGCCAACUUCAUUAACAGUCAUGAAAUAUUGAGUGGGAUAUGUGAUAACAGUAAAGACCGGGAGGGCAGACCCAACCAAGGCUAUUCGCACAACCCAUACAACGGUGUCGUCUGCAAUGAUACCAUUUUAGCGACGGGCGUGUUCUCCUCCAAAGAGCUCUGGAGGCUUUCCAAAGCCUCCAUAGUCCAUAACCCCAACGGAAUGCAACCUCCCAUUAAUGUGAUCAAGAUUGAAAACCCCGGCUACUACUGCAGUAGCUACACGCCUCCCGCACCGGACCAUUCGACUAUGAUGACCUCAGGGGCCUACAGCCCGUUGUCAUUGCCCAGGAGUGCCCAAAGUCCUAGUGAGCCGCGCAACAAGCGGCUUCGACGACUCAGCUCCACAGAAGAGGACUUGGAACUUGGAGCGGCCAGAGAAAAGGGACCUGGAGGGGAAGUUACGUACUAUGGACAAAGCCCUGCCAGUCUUUCAAGUCAAACCAGCUGGCAUUCUGAUGUUGACCAUGCAGGCCUGCCACCACAGCACAGUAGUGUGGCAUCUCUGGCUACUUCCAGCUACUAUCAACAGGGUGACCAACCUCAGCAACACAGUCCUGCCAAGUACCCGGAGAAUGGACAUGACACCCUCUCAGACUUUGUGACGUUUGUAUGUCAAGAGGCAGAAAAUACACAGCAAGGCUCACAGGCUGGUCCUUCCAGAAGCCCAUCGAAACUGGCUCAGUACUACCCCAGCUCCAUGCUGCCUCCACCUCCUCCGCCACCCAUGGCAAGGCCCGUCGCUAUUAUCAGGUCUACAGGUGACUUGACAGUGACCACUGCUAGUUCGCCCCCUCCGUCUAUAACCCCACCAGUCUCAGAUUCCUCCCCAGACCGGGGCUCACCCCCCUCAUCUCAAGUGGAUGUUCAACUUCCCCCUGGCCGCACUGUGGUCACCAGCCCCUUCACAGUAUCCAGAGAAUACCCUGUACCAUUCUCUCAUAUUCACACCCAGCCUGGUCAGCUGUUCACUUAUCCCAACAUCAGUCCCGUGAGUGCCAUGUCCGGAGUGAUCAGUCCGACCAACCUCUCUCUCUUCUCAUCCCCGGUGACUGUGAGCAGUGCCCCCCGCACUUCCUCACGACAUGUGCCCCCCAGCCUACCCCGUUGGACGUCCCCAGGCCCUCCGGCCCCCUCUGCCCCCCCUCCUGGGCCCCCUAACUUUAUCAACCUCGAGGAGGAUUAUAUGAUGACUCCUCUAAUAUCUGGGACCAACCCGGAUUCCAAUGCUACCCUGAUGGACGACGAACGUUAUUUCAAUACAGUGGUUCACAACAGUGAGGGUAUGGACACCAGUCAGUCGCUGGGAGGGCCAGGAUCCAAUGGUUCCACAUCACCCUCACGGACACCUCCGCAGCUUCCACCCUCCACUCCUAAGUCACAGUCGUCAUAAGUCUAAGUUUUGUCAUGCUCAAUCACCAGACAGGGCUAUGAGCACAAACAUUAUCAUCGGAGGUUGUAAGCCCUGAAUUCUGGACUUAGGUGAUUCCCCAGGAGAUACCUUGCCUCCUCUUUAUUUUUGUGUAAAUUUUAUUUAGUACAAAUUGUUGUUCUCAUGUGAAUGUAAUUACUUGUAUGUAACUAUAGUAAUUUAUUUUUAGUUAUUUUGUCAAAGAGAUUAGUUAAAUGUUCUAAACGAGAUUAUAAAAUGCGUUGCGCUACGAGAUGGAUAGACGUUUAUCUGUUUAAGAAAAAAAUUAAAAUAGUGUUUUUUACGUUGUCUCAAAUAAUAAUUUUUUGAUUUUGUUUCUUAGAGGGAAUCACGUUUGCUCUCUCCAAUCUGUGUUCACCACAGCUCGUAGACUGAACACUCACUCGGGUUCUUUUUAUUUGAUCUAACCAGAAUGUGAUACGUUUCUAGUUUGAGUUUUCACCGAUUUCAUAAUACCACAUUAUUUUUGUUUCGGUGUAGUGAUUUCUUUUAAUCUUACAUUUUAAAUCUAUUGUAAAUAAAUUUAUAUACAUUAUAUAUUUUUUUUAGUUUGACAUUAGCGAUGGAAGAAUUUUAAUCAUUCUCGAAUAAUAGUUUGUUAUUUACCAAUAACGUACCGAUGUUGAAAAUAUAUCGUUUAAUCUUGUAAAAAGUCUGUCUAAUAAGGUUAAAGUUGUCGGGAUUUUUUUGGUAUAACCGGUUCUAUAACAUGGUAGUUCAGUUGUCUGUGAUGACAUAGUUCUGUUUGCCACUGUUGUGGCUUAGAUUGUUUAUUUAGUCUAAUCGAUGCCUCAAAAAGGAUCGCUUGUGUUAAUCGUUUUGUUACCAAAGAGUUAAGUGUGUUUCAGUUUGUUAGAAAAUUCGGUUUCACCAUUAAUCUUAGAAUUCAAAAGAUGUUCUUAUAAUCUGAACAAUAUCUUUUGACAAAGUCAUUACUUAUAAACCGGGCUUUAUCGAUGCUAUUUUCCUUACAAAGGAACGAAAUCUUAAACCUCAGUAAAUCAUGCAAUAAAAGUCGAUUAUGAAUCAAAAUUGUGUUCUAGAGGUUGUAGUUGUUAUUGAUAUUUGUUGACAGUUGCUAGUCAUCAGCUCCGUAGGUAAGUCAGUCGUAGCUCAAGUAGAUAAGCAGGUUCCCUGCAUUAGGUUAAGGUACAGCAUUUUUCUUUUCCAGCUCCCUCGCACAACCUCAGUUUUGAAAUGCAUUUCCAUACUCUUAUCAUGUUUUGAUUAUGUUAUAUCUUUCCUUGACUUCUUACUGUUGAAUUCUCUGCAAAGCUUAAUGUUUUCGCUGCAUUAAUGUGUUAAGUUUCCUUCUAUAAAGACCUGACCCCUACUAACAGAAACUGUGGCGUACUGUCAUAGUUGGGGACCUGGGGCGGUUCAGAUGAGAGAGCCCUUUUUACAUACAUGCAUACAUAUACGUGAAAUAAUAAAUACCAUAGCACCAUGUUUAAAAUUAUUUUAAAGAAGGUACUAUGGUAUUAUUUAUUAUUUUACCUAUUUAUUAAAAAUUUAACCCUAACAGUGAACAGAACUUUAUAUAGGUAUAUGUGCUUUUAAUGUAUUUGGUAUCACUGAUUGAAUGAUCUUAUAGGUUUAUGUAGGCUACGUCAACUAUUUUAAAUGUAAUCUAUUUUUUUUAUUGAUUUAAGAAUAAUUUAAUAAUGGUGAAUUAAAUUUUCCUUUAAGCUUUUUACAUUUUAUGUUUUUGUGAGCUGGGGAUUAGUAAUGAGCACGUGCACUCCAAUAAAUAACACAAUUUGUUUUGUCUUAUCUAGGCCAAAUAAGGUUUUUUUUAUUGUCACUCCUUUUAAUUUUUUUUUUAUUUAGGAGAUAUUUUCUUUGUGUAAAGUACGGUAUUAUUAUAUCUAAAUUAAACAUUAUAUUUUGUACCAUAAUUGGUCCAAACGACUUCUGCAAUCGCGGCAAAAAUGAUUGAUAUUGCCCUCGGUAACGACAAAACUGUUAGCUUCAUCUCCAGCGGUUGCGCGGGUUAUCUUUCGAGAUCCUGGAGCAAUCAUAAACAUCCCCUACAUUCACAGAGAUAUAGUGAACAUCUUUCGUGGUCUCGGGGAUGUAUUCUACGUCCCCUGCCUUUAAGAUGAAAUCAAUAACAUCGCGGGGGAUGAUAAAGUUAAGUUAAGUUAGUGUGUUCACGGUGAAAUUGUGAACACGAAACUGAAUAGAAAAUUAACAAAAUCAGCCUUUGGUUCGAAACAUUUGUAGUUGAGUCCCCUGCGGUCGUGGUGAAGGUAAAAUUGUGGGAACUUCUGCGAUCGUAAAGGAAUCGUGAACGUAUUCUAAGUCCACGGAGAAGUGAAAUAAUGAAAAUCUUGCGCCAUGGAUAGGACAUUACCGUCUAUUACUAGGACAUCAUCUUCGUUUUCCAAUAUCCCAGCAAAAUCAUGAAUGUCUCUAUGUUCUUGGAGCAAUCGUGAACAUCAUUCGAGGUUUCGAGAUCUGAUUAUCAUCACCCGCAAUCGCUGUGAGUCUUUGGUUUUCGAUCACUCAAUCUUUGUAGACGCUUACGGCAAUCGUGAGAAUAUAAGUGUGGGGCCUGGGGCAGACCGCUCCCCCCCCCCCCCCUUCGGUACGCCACUGAAUAGAAAUAUGAUGAAUAAAUGCUAUUUAAUUGUUAUUGUGGUACAGAACAAUAAAAAUUUUCAGGUAUUAUUUAUUCAUUAUAAAUAUUUAAUUUAAUACAAAAAAAUGUAUUAACAUUGAACGUAAAUAUUUAUUUAUCACCACAGAAAAAGUUUGGUGUGAAGGUUAUUUUAAAUAGGUAUAAAAAUUCAAAUUUUUUAAUGGUUUUUAGCAUAAACUAUUGUAUUUUUUACGAUUUAUGUACUUAUCCACAUUACUAAAAAAUUUAAAUUCAAAUAUUAUUAACAUAAAAACUAAAAUAUGACUAUUGGGUUUGCUGGUACCAAUAUCUCUCGGGCCCAUAGCACAUCACAUGCAAACCACGGGUUGGCUCAAUUCAUCUGAAUGCUUUUGUAAGACUAGUACCAUCUUAGAAACGAAAAGCACAUUCAUAAAAAACCAAAAGAUUAAUUAUAUGUGGGUUAGAGUAGAUUGAAAAUAUCCCAAAUAAAACUCACAACCAAUUAGUAAAAAUCCUCAACAAAACCAAAACAUUGUUUUUGAACCAAUUUGUCAUAAUUGAGAAUUUUAGUUUUAUCAACAUUUAAUCAACAUAUACAACAUGUAAACAGAACAAAGAUUUCAAUAUAGCUUUAUUGUUAUUCAAUCCUUAUAAUCUUUUAUAAGUCUUCUUUUUUGUAUGAGGUUGUUAGGUCUAAAGCGAGGAGCUAGGAAAGGAAAGUUGUGCCUAAGCUUGAGGGUCUGGCCAGAGAAUGUGCCAUAGGACGCUGACGUUUUAUACAAAUACUGGUGCUAUAAAGAUUAUUUUAUCGUACCAAUUUUGUGUUGUGCUACAUAAACAAAGUUUUAUAUAGUUAUAUAUUGUAUAAAGUUAGUAAAGUAGGGUAAGAUGUGGCAUAAACCUAUAUUUAUGUUAAAUCUGGCUACGGUUCAAUGAGUGUGAAUGAUUAGAGUCAAUCCUCUUCCGGAAUGGACUUUGAUUUCAGAUGUUAUUAGUCAAAGCAAUUCCACUAAAAACUUUUCCUCUGCACUCUCAGAGUUUUUUGUUACUAGAAACUUGAAAAAAUAUAUUUUGUUUUGCAUGUAGAUUUUUUUCAAAAGAAUUAUCUCACCAGAGCGUACUUGAAUAUCUUAAACACUGAAUGAAGAACUUGUUUUCUCUUCAUUUAAUGUAUCUAUUACCCAACCAAUGUCUAGUUUUUAAUAUUUUUUAUUUUUGCUUAGGCAAAUAAUAUCUUAACAAAAUAUUCAUGCAAAACGAACAUUUAAAAUGUAGCCCAGCACUUACCGGUAUAGGUAGAAAUGUAAUUUACCUUACAUACUACUAUAUAGUCAAUUUUGUUAUGCUGUUUUGUAUUUAUUAGGUUAACACAAUGUUGAAUUAUAUAUUAAUGUUUAAUAUAUAAUUUUUACUGUGUUUAUUUUUUAAUUUUAAAUAUUUGUCAAAAACAAUUAUGUUUGUUAUAGAUUCCAAAUUUCUAGUAAACCAUUGCAAUAAGUAUGGUA